AAAUGGCUACGUAACAGUCUUUCGUCGCAUCCCAAGCCAAUUGCGACCCAGUGGACACGGUCUGUCUCGGUGUUUGCCACUACCAAAUUCGGCAAUAUUUAAAUGGGAUUGCGUUCGGGAAUGUAAUUGCUCCAGCAAACACGCUUCCGCGUCGCCAGCCGCUCGGAACGUCGGGAUGGAUACGGACAGAGGGAAUCAGGGAUGCGAACGCGUAAACGAAAGGGGACGGAGAGAGUCCUAGGUGGAUGGACGGUAACUACGGUGAAGGGGAAACCUGGAAAGAUGGGAACAUCGAGGAAACUUGGAGGAAUAAGGUGUCUUUGGCCCAGUCCUCCGCGUGGACUGUGGUAAUUCAGUACGUAACUCAAAUUUGGUGGGCCUUGAGAAUGGGAAUUAAAAAGUUAAGGAGUUGAGGAGCUGGAGAUUUAAGAAGCUGAGGAGUUAAGGAGUUAAGGAACUGAGAAGUUAAAGAGUUAAAGAGUUGAGGAGUUAAGGAACUGAGAAAUGAAAGAGCUCAGGAGCUAUAGAGUUAAGGAGUCAAGGAGCUGAAGAGUUGAAAAGCUAAGGAGUUAAGGAACUGAGAAUUUAAAGAGCUCAGAAGCUAAAAAGUUAAGGAACUAAGUAGUUAAAGAGCUCACGAGCUAAAGAAUUAAGGAACUGAGAAGUUAAAGAGCUCAGUAGCCAAAGAGUUAAGGAGCUGAUGAGUCAAGUAGCUAAGAGGAGCAACAAGAAGAAGAAAGUAAACAAUAUUCAAUCAAAGCUCUCGACGAAAAUCCGCUGGAACUGUCUGGCCCAUUACAGACCCAAUCUCCUUCCACGUCCAAUCUUUCUUCUACCCGUACCUAUUUUAUCAACAAUAGCCAAAAAAUUAAGAGUCCUUCUAACGCAGCUCCCAGAAUUUACCAAUAACCCCGAGUCUCAGCUAUCAGAACUCCUGACAUCCAUCGGCAGCUAUAAUCGUUCUCCACCCGCACACCUGACUCACCAGAGGCAUUCCACCUCAGCAAACAAGACCAACGGAAGGAUAUAUAUCGUCGACUAGCGAAAAAGAAACGUCGAAUCCAACAAGACAAUAGCAGGCGAACGAGGGAAAGAAGACACGAAUCGCGAUGGAAAUGGAUCCAAACGCGCCGGAGACGUCGAGGAAGGGUCACAAAGGCUGAAAAGUAUUCUUAAAGUGGAGGCGGACAGUUGAGCAGUGAGUAGCGGAGCCGACUAGUAGGUCCGCCCAGUUUUUCAAGGCAUGGGCUAUCAUAAUACCAAAGUAUCGAACAAGUGGUGUAAGACAAAGAAUUAAUGGACAAUGAGAUAAUAUGGCAGAAAAGAGGUGCUUCCUAUAAGGAAAAGAGCACAAAAGUGCAUUAACUUAUGCCGUGAAUUCUUAAAUUGGUCAACGUUUAUUAUUAUAGUUGGUAGCAAAGAAUAACAUAUAUUUAUAUGUAUAUAAGGUAAUUACAGCAUAUCCCGGCCGGUCUGCCCAGUGUUUCAAGGUAUGGGCUAUCAUAAUACCAAAGUAUCGAACAAAUGGUGUAAGACAAAGAGUUAAUGGACAAUGAGAUAAUAUGGCAGAAAAGCGGUUCUUCCUGUAAGGAAAAGUGCAUUAAAUUAUGCAGUGUAUUCUUAAAUUGGUCGACGACUAUAUAGUGGGUAGCAAAGAAUAACAUAUACAUAUACAUAUAAGGUAAUUACAGCAUAAAUAUACCUUCGCAAUAACAACAUCUAUUCUUACUAGAAGCAGGUUUUAGUUAUGAGCGAGACUGUAUGGGAAUCCAGGUGAGCCGAAUCAAUCUGCAUCGGGUCGCAAACGCUUGGAAAUCUCUCAUUGCGUCUCCUCGAAGCUGACAGCUUAUCCCUCGGUGGGAGCACCCUUCUCUCGCUCUCUACGCCUCGCCCUCUGUUUUCCAUCGUCGCGUAGGUGUAAGCACACGCUGGUGGAUGUGCGCCAUAUUGACUGCAUCGACGUUUCCGGCUUCCUCUCAUCUCGUUUGCAGAGCCAGUAUCAGUAAUUCCGGUAUUCUCUCUGAAUUAACAGAGCCGGCUCGGUAGGGUUACCGGGGGGUAUGUACAGGCACCGGAAACGGUCGACGAUCAAAGGACACCCGAAUCGGCAUUAGCGGUAACUCGAGCAAAUCACUCUGUUUUCGAACAGCAAUGACGCGAUCUCGUCAUCCAAAUUAAUUAGAUUUACCUUCGAAACUUCAACUGUAAAGAGAGAACCCCACAGCAACAAAUUUAAGUUCAUUGAUUAAUUUUUUUUUUUUAAAUAUUGGGUACUCGAAAAAGUUCGUGGCGUUUCUCAUCAUUUGUAUGAUUUCAUUGCAUCGUUUUGUGAUUAGUCGACUACAGUGUGAUGCAUCUUUGACGUCAAAAUUUUGAUGGAGCGUUUCGUCUGUAAAAACCACAAAUUUUAUUCAGAUGCCUGCAUUCUCGUCUUUUUCGAGUACCCAUUAUUUCUUCAUGUACAAUCAGAGCUAGGCUCGCGUAACUCAUGGAAAUGCCGACUUCGGAUCGCCUAAGUAUACAUUUUUAGGUCGAAGAAUAAAUCUCCAGUUGGCACGUGGUACGCGAUUAUCGAACACGAUGACGCGAUACCUUCGGCUCUUUCUUGUUUCACUCCUGCCUUUGUAAAAAUAAAUUUCUAGUGUAACCUCACGGCCAAAAACGAAGGAUGAUUAUUCAUCCGCAAAAAUAACACCGUCAUGACGUCAUUUCGGUCAAAAUUCCAAAUUCCCGGUUUCAUUACGUCGAAGGCAUGCUCCUCCAUCAGCAACCUAAAAGAAAAUGGAUAUAGCAUACUCCUAGGAGGACCCUCGUUAGCCCACUCUGUCGUGAAAGAGAACGUCAGGUACUUUUGGUUCUUCAAGCCGAAGAAGACCGUCGAGUAUGGAAGUGGGAACUGUGGAGGACCACUUCCAGAGAGCAAUCCUGUAGAACCUUGCGAGGGGUGUCCUUCUAAGUGUCUAGCGAAGAAAACAAAGAAGAAGACGACCGAUUCGCGAAAGGAUUCGUCGAAAAGCGAGGAGAAGCUCGACAACUGCGUGGAAGAGAAACCUGUAAAGGUGAAGUUGACCUGGUGGGAACAAAUCUUCGGACCUGACCCAAAGAGAUUCUGGCCAGAUCCUUGCACCUGUCGCGUGGCUCUCAGACAGAGAAAGAAAGAACGAGCACGGGAUCCGAGACUGACGGACCCGAGGUACAAGGAAACAGCUGGUGAUGUCUUCAUGUACACGGAAAAUUUGAAGCCUCGCAGUCGUCCCUGUUUGGAACCACAACCGAAACCACCGCCAGCGUUCAAGGUACCCAAGGCUGUGCUGUUCAGGAUGAUGGACGAGGGUGGCGAGAUGGGUCCACUUAGUAACGUCGUCAUAGAGCAGAAAACGGACGAAAAUCAUAAGAUUUCAUCUCACGAGUACAGAAUUCCAUACGAAGAAAUGAGACCACCAGAGAGAAGAACGAGAGUAUUUACUUGUCACGAAGGAAUUCGAUCGGAGGACGUCAUCAGACCAGUCAGCGUAGAACUCGACACCUUCAGAGCACCCCUAAUUAAUCAUCAACUCCAUAUGCAGCAAGGAGUACAAAACAAUUGUAAUAAACCUGAAAAAAUUGAAAAAGCUCCAGUCGUGGGGAACAAUAUUCCAGAACAAGGUUCUCAAAGACGUUCUAGAAUAGAACAGCUCAAACUGCUCAUUCAGCAAAAGGAGACCUUGCAAUGUAUUGCCUUGAACGAUUUUGGUGAAAGUAAAGCGACCUGUUAGUGCAUAACAUCUACAUAUUUCUAAUACAAACUCCUGUAAUGUUUCUCAAAUUGUUAGUGUAUACAGAAAAUAUAAGUUGUAUAUCAUCUCUGUAUAAUAUAAAAAAAUAAAUAAAUAAAUAAGUAUACAUGUCGAAUUCAGUAUCCUCCUCCUUUUCGAAGUCGGUUAAAAAACAGACAGAAAAAGACUGAACUAAUCCAUAGUAUCUACAAAUAAAAAGACUGAACUAAUAAAUAGUAUCUACAAAUAAAAAGACUCUUUAAACUAAUCGAUAGUAUCUACAAAUAAUAAGUAAUUCAAAUUUCCCGCGGGAAACUGGUGUCGCUGUCUAGCGGGGGCGUCCCGAACUAUUUUCGGAGUAUGA